CGGGAUCGUGAAGACACUCAAGAACGAUAUUGUCGAGCUAUUCUUACACUUUUUGUGCCUUGGCGAAAUGUAUCUGAUCUUUGCGAUGUCAACCAGAAAUUGGAAGACACACUUAGCUCUCGUCACCAUCGUAUAUCUGGGCACUCGCAGAAUAUCAUCGAUAAUAUUCAACUUUUACACGAGUGUAAGAAAGACCGAGAUGAACACUUAGUGAAAGUGAUUACAGAAGCUCAAGUUGAGAACGACACAAUCGAGCCCGAACUGUUUCCAAAAAAUCAAAGAUCAUACGAUGUUGCUCGCAAAAAUUAUAAAACAGGCGACGAGUCGAAUACUGACGAUAUGGAAGACACAGUUGUAACACUGAUAAAUUCAACCAGUUCAAACAUGAACAUGCGUGAUAAUUAUAACUCAAUUCUUCCAGUUGCUGCAGUAAUAAGUACAACAUAUUGUAAUCAAAAGAGCGUCGCUGAUCAAGACCCACUAAACAGAGAGCAAAAAGCUGCAUUCAUGAUAAUCACAAGUCAUCUUGAUGGUGACAAACCGUCACGCAUAGGUAUGUUCAUGCACAUGGUUCUAUAUAAUCAUAAAUUGAAAAAUAUGGUGGACGGACAAUUCGUCGCGGACAAUUCGUCGCCAUCAUAA